GUGGCAACAAAAGGGCCUUUCUAAAGGCCAGGCCCACCAGAGAUCCAAAACUUCUGGUUGAAAGUGUUGUUAGAGAACAGAAACAGGAGAUUUGUGGUCAGUCGAGUCGAGUCCGAGAAUAUCAAAAAACCUUUCUUUAAUUCAUUCACUCACAUUUUUCAUUACACAAAUUUCUGAACCUCAAUCAAAAACCAUCCCUGUGAUUCCUUCUUUUGCGGGACCCAAUUUCAACUAACUACAUUUUCCAUGGUUUCCUCUUGCUUAUAUUGACUCACUCAUUCUCAAACUCAAUCAUUCUUCACUUCUUCCAGCUUAAUAAUUUUAGUGUUUCCUCAAUUGGGUUUUCUUGUCUCUCAGUUUCCUCAACUGGGUUUCUCAAUCUUCUUACAAAGGAACGAUCUUUCCUUGUUUUGAGACGCAGUUCUUUGAGAACUAUCUCCUAUGGCUUCUUCUGUAGGGUAUUUCCCUUUUGUCCCAGAGACAAAGACUGACACUUUUGUGAUUAUCAACCACAAAAGUUGUCACCCACCAAGAUUCCCCUUCUUCUCUAAUCUACCAAGAAAAUCCCUCACUGGCUCAAGUCGUGGGUCUUCUUCAGUAGUGGGAUUUUGUAAUGGAUUAAUCUUAGGUGGCAGCAGUAGUAGAAGGCAGUUACAGAGGAAUAAGCCUCUGAAAGCUUUGGAUAAGGAUUCUGAAGGUAGUGAUGAAAGACUUGAGGGAUCAGAUGAUGCAAUUCAGGCCACCAUUGAGAAGAGCAAGAAGGUUCUUGCUAUGCAAAGAGACUUGCUGCAACAGAUUGCAGAAAGAAGAAAAAUGAUUUCUUCUAUCAAAAGUAGUACUAUUGAUUCAGAAGAAGAAGAUGAUGACACAUCUGAUGAGGUAGGAGACGAUAAGAAUGCUGCUGAAAGCUAUGACGAGAGAAUCCUUUCCAGUACCUAUUCAUAUUCUACCAAAGAACAGAAGCUAGAAAACCCGCCUUCUGCUACCAGUAGUGAGUUUAGUGGAGUUAAGAACAUACCUGAAAAAGAUUUACCUAAACAAAAUACUCCCCCUCGAGUUGAUUCUAUCAAACAGUCAAAAUACUCUAGUUUGGAGGAAAAAGCUUCUUAUGAGGAUAACAGUCCUGCUGAAUACCAAAACGACAGAAUCCCUUUCAGCACCUAUGUCCUUUCUUCUAAAGAAAAGAAGAGAGAAACCCCGCCUUCUGUUGCUAGCAGAAAGUUUAGUGAAAGUGAGAAAAACCCUGACAGCGAUUCAUCUAAAGAAAGCACCCUCCCUCUGAAACAGUCACAACAGUCCAGUCCCCUUCCAUCCUUUCUUGCAAGUAACUUUAAAGCCUCCCCUGUUAAAGAUGAAAGGCAAGUAAAUUUGAAGGAACCAAGUUUAGCCUCGAGUUUUAAAGAUGAAAAGCAGGUAAGUUCGGAAGAAUCAAUUCCUCAACCAGUCCAUGAUAAGAAAGAUGACUCCUCAUAUGAAGACGCAAAACCCCCUCCUUUGGCUGGGACAAAUGUCAUGAAUAUCAUAAUGGUAUCUGCAGAAUGUGCUCCAUGGUCAAAAACAGGUGGUCUUGGAGAUGUUGCUGGGGCUUUACCAAAGGCUUUGGCUCGGCGUGGACACAGGGUUAUGGUUGUGGCACCUCGCUAUGGUCAAUACGCUGAAGCCAAAGAGACAGGAGUACGGAAAAGAUAUAAAGUAGCUGGCCAGGAUAUGGAAGUGACAUACUUCCAAGCAUAUAUCGAUGGUGUAGAUUUCGUUUUCAUUGACAGUCCUAUCUUUCAGCACUUAGAAAACAAUAUAUAUGGAGGAAACCGAUUGGACAUUUUAAGACGCAUGGCGUUGUUUUGCAAAGCUGCUGUUGAGGUCCCUUGGUACGUUCCAUGCGGUGGUGUUGUCUAUGGAGAUGGGAACUUGGCUUUCAUUGCAAAUGAUUGGCAUACAGCACUUUUACCAGUAUAUUUGAAGGCGUACUAUCGUGAUAACGGCUUAAUGACAUAUACACGGUCAAUCCUUGUCAUUCAUAACAUAGCUCACCAGGGCCGAGGCCCAGUAGAGGACUUCCUCACUGUGGAUCUCCCACAACAUUACAUCGAUUAUUUCAAAUUAUAUGAUCCUGUUGGCGGCGAGCACUUUAAUAUCUUCGCAGCUGGUUUAAAGACAGCAGACCGAGUUGUCACUGUAAGCCAUGGGUAUGCCUGGGAGAUUAAAACUAUUGAAGGCGGUUGGGGUUUACAUGGAAUCAUCAAUGAGAACGACUGGAAACUUCGGGGCAUUGUGAAUGGAAUCGACACAAAGGAGUGGAAUCCACAAUACGACGUUCAUCUAACCACAGAUGGUUACACAAACUACUCCCUAGAGACACUCCAAACCGGAAAGGCUCAGUGUAAGGCAGCUUUGCAAAAAGAGCUGGGUCUACCCGUUCGUCCAGAUGUUCCCCUCAUUGGCUUCAUCGGUAGGUUGGAUCCACAAAAAGGUGUUGACAUCAUUGCUGAGGCAAUUCCAUGGAUGAUGGAUCAGGAUGUGCAACUAGUCAUGUUGGGAACUGGCCGACCUGAUCUGGAAGAGAUGCUCAGGCAAUUCGAAGGCCAACAUAGGGACAAAGUGAGGGGAUGGGUCGGUUUUUCUGUUAAAACAUCUCACAGGAUAACCGCAGGUGCAGACAUUCUACUCAUGCCAUCAAGAUUCGAACCUUGUGGGCUGAACCAACUGUACGCCAUGAAGUAUGGCACGAUUCCUGUUGUUCAUGCUGUUGGUGGGCUAAGAGACACAGUCGAGCAGUUCAAUCCGUACGAAGAAUCUGGACUGGGGUGGACAUUUGAUAGCGCUGAAUCGCACAAGCUCAUACAUGCAUUAGGGAACUGUUUAUUUACUUACCGGGAUUACAAGCAGAGUUGGGAAGGACUCCAGAGACGAGGUAUGACAAAAGACCUUAGCUGGGAUAAAGCUGCUGAGACUUACGAAGAGGUACUUGUGGCUGCCAAGUACCAGUGGUGAAUAAUACGGCCUUUGCCAAUGAAAAUAACAAUUUUUUGGUAAAUAGUGUUUUUUUUUUUUUUUUGCUUAGUUUGCACCCUUUCCUGUAAUGGUAUCCAGUAGUGAAAUAAUCAUGUAGUUGUUGUAGCAUCUUCCUUGUUUUACACCCCACUUUUCAAAUUCAUGAGCUAUUAUUCUCCUAUGCCCUCCUUAUUCUCAUUCUUAUUAUUAACUUUCAUACUUUCUUGUAAAUUCCCAAACCAAAAAGAAUGGCUGGUGAUUUGUUCUGAA